AUGGUGGCUUUAGUUGCAAUCAGAGAAAGUGCAGCUGCUCCAACUCCGGAUUCGACAGACUUUGGACUGAAGAAAGCUCUCGCUAGCUUUUUAAACAUAUUCAAAAGCUGUGAUGAGGAUGGAAGUUGCAAAGCCAGUAAGCCAGCAAAGAGAUCAGAGAAAUGUCAUGAAAGUUGUGAUGAUACUUGUGACUAUGAAGAAUUUGAGAGAGCUCUGUUAGAUGAGGACUCACCAAAAAAUUGUACAGGAGGAAAUUGUGACUAUGACGCGUUUGAGAAGCAAUAUAAUUUAGAAGAAUCUGGAAAUUGUCCCAAAAAUGAUACGGCGCCAGUUGAAGAAACAACUACGACUACUACAACUACAAGUACUACGACAACUACAAGCACUACGACAAGUACUACGACAACUACGACGCCAACUACUACUACAACUACGACGACGCCAACUACUACUACAACUACGACGACGCCAACUACUACUACUACAACGACGACGCCAACUACUACUACAACGACGACGACGCCAACUACUACUACGACGACGCCAACUACUACUACAACGACGACGACGCCAUCUACAACGACGACGACGCCAUCUACAACGACGACGACGCCAUCUACAACGACGACGACGCCAUCUACAACGACGACGUCAUCUACAACUACGACGACGACGCCAUCUACAACGAGUACGACAACGCCAUCUACAACAUCUACAGAAAAGUGUAAUUGUCCUUGUGGAAAUGAUGGAUGUGAUUAUGAUGAAUUCGAGAAACGGUACAAUUUAGAACUAACUGAGGCAAGUUGCGGACCUAAUGGUUGUGACUAUGACGAAUUUGAGAAACGAUAUAAUUUGGAAAUGCACGGAUCUUGUGAUUGCAAAAACACAACUACAACGAGUACGACAACGCCAUCUACCACGAGCACGACAACGUCAUCUACCACGAGUACGACAACGCCAUCUACCACGAGUACGACAACUACGAAAAAACCACACAAAUCUCCUUCCAAAAAGCCAUGCAAAGAAAAACAGAAAAAGCCAUGCAAAGAAAAACACAAAAAGCCAGAUAAAUCUCCUUGCCAUGAUAAGAAAGAAAAAUCAAAACCUGAAAAAUGUUCUUGUCACAAAAAGAAACCAAAACCUGAGAAGUGUUCGUGUUCAGAAAAGAAACCAAAACCUGAGAAAUGUUCGUGUUCAGAAAAGAAACCAAAACCUGAGAAAUGUUCGUGUUCGGAAAAGAAAGAAAAAUCAUCUACAAAAUGCGAUAAAAAAUCAAAGACAAAGAAAGAAAAAUAUUUCACAAUGAACCUUAAAAAAAUGAAACCUGUACUAAACCUUAAAAAAUCAUCACGUUUUGGACUAAACAAGAGUUUAAAAAAUAACGUUCAACUAACUUCAACGAAAGAUUCUUCCUCAAAAUCAUCAUUAUCAAAACCUAAAACGCAUAUCAAAGAGAAGAAAUGUGAAAAAUGUCAGAUAGAUGAGCAAACAAAUGUUCACAUCCAUUUUUGGGAUGCCGGCAGUUCAAAAAGUAACAAAGAUCAACAGAAAGAAGAUCGUCCCAAAAGUACCUUGAAAGCUUUUACUUAG